AACUAUUCACCUCCAUUCUUCCUCUUAUUUCUCUCUCUCAGAUGGAAAAGAGCUCAGGCAUGGUGAUGCAGUAACAUAAGAAUGACAGCGCGAAAUCUGUCCAAAGCAGAAACGCCGAUAGGUGUAAGCGCUUUAGCAAUCUUCGUUUGCUUUGUUCUCUUCUUCACCAUCAAGAAAGGCUGCUUGAAGAAAAAACAUCUCAAAAAAGAUGCUAAUUUUACGGAGCUGAAGAGAUUCAGAUUCGAUGAACUGAAGCAGGCCACAGAUUCAUUUAGCGAUGAGAGAUUGAUUGGCUUUGGAGCUUUUGGGAAUGUUUACAGAGGAGAUUUGGGUGAUGAGAAGAGAACUGUUGCCAUUAAGAAAGCUCAUUCAGAGUCUGAUGAGAGUUCGGAGGAGUUCAGAAAUGAGAUUGAGCUGCUUUCUGGAAUCAAACAUAAGAACCUUGUGGUUUUGAUUGGCUUCUGCAUAGAAUCAAGGCAAAAGAUAUUGGUGUAUGAGUAUGUCUCACAGGGAUGUCUACUGGAUUACCUUGCUGGAAAAGAAAAAAGGUUUUUAACUUGGCAGCAAAGAGUUAACAUAGCUAUUGGAACAGCUAAAGGCAUAGCACAUCUUCAUGGAGCCAAACCAAGCAUAAUACACCGGGAUUUGAAGCCGAGCAACAUUCUGAUCGACGAGGAAUUUGAGGCCAAGAUUUCAGACUUUGGGCUUAUGAAGAUGGGACCUCAUGGAGAUGAUCCUUAUGUCAGCACCCAGAUUAAGGGCACCCCUGGAUACAUGGAUCCUGCUUACUGCUCUAGCCACCAUUUGAAUGCUUCCAGUGAUGUAUACAGCUUUGGGGUUAUACUUCUACAGCUUGUUUCUUCAUGCCCUGCCAUUGAUCAUACAAGACAACAGUCUGAAUACCAUAUAAGUAAUUGGGCCAAGCCAAGUAUAGAAAGAGGAAUGGUUGAGGAUAUACUCGACAUGCGUCUCCAACUUGAAGCAUGUAACAAGGAGGUUAUGUUAAAAAUGGCACAGCUAGGCAUUAGAUGCACAGCUUGGGAGCCAAAGAAUAGGCCAAUAAUGAGUCAAGUUGUCAAAGAGCUAGAGGAGGCUUUGCGGCGAGCGACAAACGGUGUUCAAUUAUCGUCUUUUUCAGAGGAAUCUAAAAGUUUCAGUAUCAACAGUGUUCAGUUGCAGAGAUUCUAUAUUGAUUCUUUUGAAAACUUAUCGAUACAGAGCACGAGCUUCAGGUGUCUUGAUGCUAAUAAGUUAUCGGAUAACAUUGAAGAAUUUGAUGGGAGAAAGCUUGUUUCAAUGGUAUAAUCUUAUGAUAAAUUUUAUGUACAUAUAUUUUCUAUUGCUGUUAGAUUUAUCUUCAUUUGAAUUUUAUGAUUAUAGUUUUAUUUGUGCUAAUGUUAGAGAUUAUUUGCAUAAUAAUAC